GGGAAAGAGAGGAUAAAACACCAAUCUCGUGAGUUUAGUGACUUUUUUUCCGUUUGAUUAUUCAUUUUGUGUUUAUUUAUUUUUUUCUUUCCUUUUCCUCCCCUUCUCUUCUUGGGUUACCUGGGGCUUCGAGGCGGUGGGGGAGAGGACAAAGGACACGCAGAGGGAGAAGAAGAUGGGGGAAAAAAAGGGCUCGACAUCAUCGCCCAUCGAGCAAAACAUCUCCUGGCAACGAUCCUCGAUCGACAGACCCACCACUUCUCCCUUCCAGGAAUCUCCCAAGCUCUUACUGUUCUUGCUCUUCCCUUUCCACCUUGGGCAUAAUCCAUCACGCAUAAACCCAUCCACUCAUCCGCCCAUCCACUUAUUGCUAUUCGACUAACCAUAAUUCAAGGUUUGGUUCAAUAGAAAUCUCCGAUCAUUCACUUCCACCCCCCAACCUACCACAACAAUAAAGACUUUUCCACGCCAACCACCCCUGACCCUCUCCCCUGUUUUCGCUCUUUGCCCGACUUUCCAAACUUGAAACAUCUUUGUUGUUCUCGACGUUGAAAGUCCCGACUUUCACCGUCCCCCUCAUCCGCCAAAAUCAGUUCAACACCUUCUCACACUCCUCCCCCAACGCCAUCGUCGCGUAUGACAACCCUCUACCCUCAUCAAUACCACCACCCACCCACGCCUGUUCUGGAUCAACCCACACCUCAAUCGACUCCCCCUUUCUACAUGUCCCCCAACCAUGCACCCUCCAAUAAUUAUUCCUCCGACAAGUACAACCAUCAUCACCCUUCAGGUCCCUCGCCUCCUAAUUCUUCGAUGACCUCGUCCUUCUCCGGGGGCUCGCGCUCCCUCCAUCCAACCAACACCAUACCGACUCCCGCUAGCUCCGCCGCGAACACCGUUCCCGCGACUUUUGAGGACAACGAAGUUGACGUGAUGAUGGAUGAGGGAAGCGACACCGGAUCGAACAAGAGGCGCCGAACUAGUAGCAGUUCUUACGACCGUGCAUCACAGACAAUGCCCCCCGCUCUGCGACACCGAGGGAACCUAGCCGACGACAUUCCCCCCCCAAUACCCACUGAGCAGGAACUACUUUCCCAGCCGGAUGUUUCGCCUUACUAUUUAGUUUGCUCAAAUCCCCGACAGCCCUCAUACCCUGAUCUUACAGAUAACCUCCUCGCUUUGUACGGUCUCCGCGAUAUUGCCAACUCAGUAGCGCGAAAGAAUCAUAUAACCGGGGCGAAAAAUAAAAUCCGAAAAAGUUAUAAGGGUUUCACCAGCGAUCUGCCCGGUAGGAAUGUAGUCGCAACAAGAGCUUCCCAGACAGAAGUAGAACCUGGAGGAGAGGCGGGGGGCGGUGGAGGUGAUUAUUUUGCCACUCUGUUGCAGUUUCCAGACGAGGAAUGGCGCAACUUGCAGGUUAUUGGGAAGGAGAUUUCCAAGGGUAUCGACAUGGGGAAGCUGAGGAAAGGAUUGUCCAUGGGGAGAGGAGAUAUCCCGGGGUUUGAUUCUUCCAUCCUCGGACUCGAUGAGGAAUCUCGGGGGAGAAAAACUCCGCAUGUGGGCUCCACAACUCCUGCCGUUGGCGCUGCUGUAGGCACUCCUGGGCAUGCCAAUGGUUCGACACCUGGGGGACCAUCCCCUGCCGGUGAUGACGGUCGACCCAAGCGCGGGAAGCGAAGACGGAACGACGGCGGGGACGAUGAUAAUGGUAUUAACGGCAGCAUUGGAGGUGUGGCAGGUGGUGGAGGUGGAGGAAACCAUGGUCAGGGGCCUGGAGUAGGGCCUGGAGCGAUUGUUGAGGGCACAGCAUGGGAUGGGGAAAAGCGGAAAAAGAAGCGGAAGAAGGUUAAUACCCUCUUGAACAUAUAAAGUGUUUCCUUUGAUCCUUCUCUUUUUCCUUUUCACUCUUCCACAGUUUUAGACAGAAAACAGAUACUCGAACCUUAGUCGCGAAAUAUUAUACCCCGUUAUUUCCACUGUGCCACGCGCUCUUCUUCCCUGCUUGCCUGCAUCCACAUAGCCUUUGCCUUGUGUCUCCCCAACUUCUCCCAAGUUUUUCUUCGCAAAGUCAGCUGACGAUCGACCAAUUCCUGGUCCUUUUUACACAGAAUUCAGACAUGAAUUCAUCUGGGCCUGCAGCAGCCGGGAACAUGAUUCCCCGCCACGUACAAGGAGGGAUAGCGGUGCACGGCGGGUACGGCCGGUGACCACUUACCGGUGCUGUUAUGUGCCGAGCGUUAUGAGUUGACGCCCAGCAUAACGACGACGACGGGGGUUAUUAUAUAUAUACGUAUAUACGUUCAGUACCGAGUCACCGCCCCUUUUUACAUAUCUACCUGCUCACCUUGCUACCUACUACCUACCUACCUACCCACCUAUUGUCCCGGCGGAUCAUUAUAGUUGAUUCGUGCGCAUACAUGUAUCCACUGGUCGGACCGGAUUGGAUUGGACCGGAUUUCUUUUUCUUUUUUGUCACUGUAUUUUCUUCGCCCUAGAUUGGGUUCACUUUUUAUAUAUCUCCCCCUCCCUCCUUAGGUGGGCAAAGAGGGGAAGGGGAUCGGUUAUUAGUGCCUACCUGUCUACGUACCCAUGUCACAUUUACUUGCUAACUGGCUUUCCACGCUGUUGUUUCGCUCCCUUGCUUUGUCUACCGAAUUAUGUUUUACCUUCCUUCCUUCCUCCCACUCCCUUGAUUC